GUGCGCUGCAAGAAGAUCAUCGGGAAUCUGGGGAAUCUGGAGUUGGUACUCAAGCCGUUGGGGAGAUCUGAGCAAUCCGAGCAAUCCGAGAUCUGUGCGAUUUGUUUGGAUGCAGGACCUGGGUUCCGAAAGCUCCAAUGUAAUCAUGCGUUCCACUUGGAUUGCAUCAAGGCAUGGUGCAGAGAGCAAAUGAAAGAGGAGAACUUCGAAAGCAUUCAGUGCCCCAUGUGCAGAAGCCAGCACCAAAUUCCACUGAAGCCACUCCAACAGUAUCACUCUGACGUUGAGUCUGCGACUGCCCCAGUGAAGUUGCAACUCUAG